AUGAAGAAGAAGUAUGAAGGAACAAACCGAGUAAAGCGUGCUCAUAUUCAAGCCUUGCGAAAGGAAUUUGAAACUACUCACAUGAAGGAAGGAGAAUCUUCGAAUGAGUACCUUGCUCGUGUUCUUGUCAUUAGUAACAAGAUGAAAGCCAAUGGUGAUGAUUUGAAAGAAGUUGCAGUGGUAGAAAAGAUUUUAAGGUCAAUGACACCAAAGUUCAAUUAUGUUGUGUGUUCCAUUGAAGAAUCCAAAGAUACAAGUAUAUUGUCGAUUGAUGAGUUGAAAAGCAGUUUGCUUGUACACGAACAACGCACGAGUAGCACUGUCCAUGAAGAACAUGCUCUAACAGUGACUCAGAGCAACCAAUAUGAUAAUUUUGGGACGCAGAAGAGGGCGUUGGAAUUAUGGAGGUAG